AUGCGACGGGUCUCUGGCUUCCAGAGGGGUGAGAGCAGGACCAAAAUGGUCUGCGUUUGUAGACAGAUCAGGGAACUCGCUGUCCAUAUCUAUGGUGGGUGGCGCGUCAGCCGGUCCGGUCUAGCGGUAGAUCUUCUUGGAGGCUGCCCAGCUGUGAGAGCGGCGCGAGAGCUCGAAAUGGCUGGUAUACCGGCGCCAGUGGUGGUAUGGUUUGACGCAGAGAUCUGCAAGAGGAAUUACUUGCUUUUCAAGACUGUAAUUGCAACCCGGAAUGUCUCUGGCUGCAUACAUAAUGUUCCCGUGCAGGUCCACAUACAGUACUGUCAAAUUUGCGCAAUUGCCCGCACGCGGUCGCUACAGCCCAACGUAGACAGUCUCAUGCCUGACCAAUGCGUUGGCACAGUGUCUCCUUGUCUACGCCUGUGUACCACCACGUCCUACUCCCUAGAAUGGGCCGACUUCGCGUCGAUCACUCGUGGGUCACUCAUAGCGACUAAUAAAGGCCAGGGCCAAAUGCAUUAUUGUUGUGCCCUUGCAAGCGAUAAGCGGCUAUUCCUGAAUGGCUAUCUGGCCAUUGCUCGCCCAGUUUCCUAUACAAAAUAUGUCUGGGCUGCACAAAUCCGGAAGAUGGGACCUCUGAUUCCAAGUAAAGUUCGUACAGAGAUCUUCUUGGAUCUGGUCGUUUUCCAAAUCCGCAUCGGACCAGAGACAAUCCGCUAUCCGGGCAUAGACUGUCUUAUGAUUGAGCAACAGCCGAUUAGUACUUUGCCAUGGGUUUCUUUUGAUGCCAUGCUGCGCCAAGCUGCGCCAAGAAAUAUAGCAAAGCAUGAGGUGGUCGGCUCUAAUAAAGUCCACCGCGCUGGUGACAGACGCCACGCAUCCCGGGAGAAUGAGAUGGACAUCGAAGCAACACAAGAAGUGGAAAAGGACGACCCGAGCCGUCCGAAUCUUGACAAAAGGGAAUCCCAGAGCUAG